GCUCUCCGGUUUAUUGUCAGCCAGAUCGCGGUGGCGUGAACAUCGCAAGUGUUGAACUAGAAAUUAGAAAACUCUCGGAUUUUCGUGUUCGUGUGUUAGUCGAUUUUUCUGGGAUUUCCCGCGUUCGGUGGCCGUAAAAAAAUAAAAAAAAAAAAGAUUGGCAACCUUCCCAGACAACUGCCGGAAAUGCGAAAGUGAAAGCGGCCGGCCAAGAAGAACGGACAGCAAAUCACCAGAGACAGAGCUAAAGAAAACAUAUAGCAUGUUAUCGACGAUGAAGACCAGCCAAAGUGGCGGCAUGUACGUCAAGACGUCGGAGAUAUCUGGCAAAGAACCGGGCAGUUGCUACGGCGGACUCAUGACGCCCCCACUAAGUGCCAAUAUUACGGCCACUAACAGUGAACGGGAUAUUUUCCGAGUGCCAGCCAAAGUGGAAACGGGCGACAGCUUUGCCUCCUCCAGUGAACUGCAAUUCCCAGACUUCUCACACCAUUGGUUUGUCAGUGACUGCAACAAUUAUGCUGGUCAGGAUCAGCAGCAGGACUCGGAUCAGGAUGAUAUAGUCUGCGCAGCGGCAGGAAACACAGGAAUGCCCUAUCAGCAGGGCCAAUAUACCCAGCUUAAUCGUGAGGAUAUCUUUCGUUUCGAACCGGAGGAUAUAGCUCGACUGACUGGAGAAGCAGAGCUGCCAGGUCUGCUGCAACCGCCGCAGACACCGUAUACCCCAUACACCCCGUACACACCAUAUACACCCUGCAGUGCCCAGAACAGCCAAUAUCCCGUACAAGCGGCGAAUGACUCCAUUAAUCUGGAUAUCGAUUAUUUUAAUUAUGACGAGAUUAAUUGCCAAUCGAAAAACCAAUCACCGUGCUCAUCACCGCACCUUGAUGCCUGGCUGAACUUUAAUCUCGGCGAGAUGUCAGCCGCCGCAUCAUCGAGCGGCGCAUCGCCAAAGUUGGCCAAUGUGUUCGAAGAGCAGGUCAGGUCAGAGGAGGUGGCUUCGCCAACGAAACUUCCCUCUAUGAACUCCACCUUUGGCACCCCCAAAUGCAUUCCCAUGUGCGCCAGUAACUACGAUGAUUACGCGAAUCUCUAUCAGGGAUCAGCGUAUGCCUCGGAGAACUACCAGAACAACAUGGCCCAGGCCAUCGAGAAGCCCAAUCGUGAGCACAAGGCCAUCUGGACCAUCGAUGAACUGGAUGAACUCAUGCUGGGCGAGCAGCAGCAAUUCACACAGCAUCUCAUCCAGCAGCAGCACCAGCAGGAACUUCAGCAACAGAACUCGGAACAGCAAGCCCAAAACUGCUGUAAGUCCGAUCUGGUCAACUUCUUGACGGAAGACAAUAUUAAGGUCGAGGAAUUCCGAAACCUGGACAGUGAGGAUGAUGAGAACUACAACGAGGACGAAGAUGACUUGGACAAUGAGGUGUUUGCGACUCCGGUAGAAAGUGAUAACAAAACGGAUUCAGCAUGCUGUGAUCCAGAGGCUGAAGCAGAGUCUGAAGCUGUUCCACUCAUCUGCCGCUGGACGGGAUGCGAUGAAGAGUUUCCCCAUCAACAGGCCUUUGUGGAGCACAUAGAGAAGUGCCAUGUGGAUGUCCGAAAGGGAGAGGACUUCUCCUGCUUUUGGCUGGAUUGCCCCAGGCGCUAUAAGCCAUUCAAUGCCCGCUACAAGCUGCUCAUCCACAUGCGAGUCCACAGCGGCGAGAAGCCCAACAAAUGCCCGUUUCCCGGCUGCAAUAAAGCAUUCUCGCGUUUGGAAAAUUUGAAAAUUCAUCAACGCUCGCACACUGGCGAGCGGCCUUAUGGCUGCCAGUAUAAAGGUUGCCUCAAAGCGUUCAGCAAUAGCUCGGAUCGGGCGAAACAUCAAAGGACCCACUACGAUACGAAACCGUAUGCCUGCCAGCUACCAGGAUGCACGAAGCGCUAUACGGAUCCCUCCAGCCUCCGCAAACAUGUCAAGAACCACGCGCUGCGCAACGCCAACGGACAGCUGCGCCGCAAAUCUGCCGGCGGUGCCACCAUACCGCCCUCCGGACUAAAGAAGGCGGCCAAAACCCGCCGUCACUCUGAAUCGGCCCUGAUGCAGGGGGGUGUGGCGAGUGCAAGUGCAGGUGCAGUUGUAGUCGGUGGUGCUUCGGGGGAUCAGCGACAACACCGCAGCAAUAGUUGCAGCGAGGCGUUGCUGCAGCAGUCCGAACGAAACGACAGGACGACAGACCGCAACAAUUGCGGCACCGGUGUUGCAGCUAAUAACAAUUCAAUGAACUUUAAUGAGUUGUCAAAUUGCAUUGUCAUCAUUGAGCACAAUCAGAAUGGAGGAGGUCCUGCAGGAGGACCUGCAACCGCAACGGGCACGGGAACAUCUACGGCAACAGCAACAGCAACAUAUGGCGGCAAUAUGGCGGUCGCACCGGAAACGGAUGUGCUGAGCGUUUGCAGUGGCAGCAGCAGCAGCAACAACAACAACAACAGCCAUUACAAUGGGAAUAUUAAUCAAUUAAGCGAACUCGAGCAAUUGCUGACGACGUCGAAGGCUUUAGCUACGCCAUCUGCUAAUGGAAUUAGCCUGGCCCACAACAGCGGCAAUAAUAACCGCGCCAACGGCGACAGCAAAUGCAACUUGAGCGAGUUUGUGUCGUUUGAGUACGUGACAAAAUAUCUAUCGGAUGUCUAUGAGCCACCAUCCAAAAGCCCACCGCCGGCUAAUUUCCAUUUGCAGCCGGAGUUUGACAAUAACUUCGAUAUGCUGGACUUUCAGGAGUUCAUUUGAUUUAAGUUAAGUUAGGAUUUAGUCUAAAUAAGAGCCCACCUGGAAAAAGUCAGCAAUUCAAUAUCCAAAGAUCUCAGUGCCUGAGCCUUUAUAAGAAUGCCUACCAUUAGUAGGACACCGCCAUUGUAAAUACUAAAAUGUAAGUCAUAGACUAAGCUUAGUACACGCCAAAAGAAACGUUCCUGAAUUUCAAUGUAAUCCAGUGAUUAGCCGCGUCUUCCCAACCUCUUCCCAAUCGUAAAUUUAACUAGAAUACUCUCGGCUAAGUACUAUCUGUAAUUGCUUUGUUAAAGUUUGUCAACAAAUGCAUUGACCAUAAUAAAUAAUUUAAUUUGCAUAA